ACGAAACUGAGAUCGGACUUUUCUCGCCCUCCAACAACCCCUUCGAAGAAAAAUAGCCUCAGCGGCCAGUCCCAACGUCCCUUUUCGCGUUCCCGAAACCCAUCUCUUCGUCCAUCGUCUUCCAAAAUGGCUGCCCUCGCAAAGGCCAUCAACGCCAAGAUCCGGUCCAACCCGAUGCUGAGCUAUGUCUGCACGACUCACUUCUGGGGACCUGUAUCGAACUUUGGCAUUCCCAUUGCCGCCGUUUUGGACACUCAGAAGAGCCCUGAUCUGAUCUCCGGACAGAUGACCGCCGCGCUUUGCGUUUACUCUGCGACUUUCAUGCGAUACGCCCUAGCCGUUUCCCCCAAAAACUACCUUUUGUUCGGAUGUCACGUCGUCAACUCGGCGGCGCAGCUGACCCAGGGCUACCGAUACCUGUCAUGGCACAAAUGGGGCGGAAAGGAGAAUGCUGCGCUGCAAGCUGGUGUUGAGGCUGGCAAGGAGACGGCUCCUCUUAAAUAAGCAAUAUCGGGGAAAAAAGGGAGCUCUGUUUUGAGCAAAUGGAACUGAGAUAAUUAACAGAUGGAUAGCGUCACGUGGAAGAAGACGUUGUUCGCGGUAUGAUACCGCAGGGAGGGCCGGGGGUUGAUGAGAGGCUAGUUCGAGGAGUUUGCAUCUUGAGACUUAGGGGUUUUCAGUGACUUAUAGACUCUCUCUUAUGUGCUGAAGAUUUUGUAGCCGUUGGGGCCAUAUGCUUGUUUCUCUGGAUGCUUUUGUUGAAGAUAUUUGAGGGCUGAAGGAGGUUGGACAAAAACGGCAAGGCUGGAUAAUAGAAAUGGAUCAAUGCUUGCAAAGAGCGUGGACGAAGCGUAAAGUGAGAUGAACGUCCAUUCUUGUAACAACAUUGUAUAUCUAUUGGGUAGUUCUAGAGCCAACAUGUGAUAAACACGUGGUUUUGUGCCUUGCAUUACCUGUACUAAGCCAUAAGUGGUGGUCAGAGAUCGAUCCGUGGACGUUU